UGCCACUCCUCUUGUAGCUACUACUUCCCAUCUUAUUGGUUAAACAUGAAGUUUGUGAGGAAGGACGGAGGCUUUGUAGCCACAAACGAGCGUUGUUCCCGGAGAAAGGAUUAAGGCCAUUUCCGAGGUAUACGAUUGACCGAUUGAUCGCAGAGGGAGGUUUUGCGCAACCAGAGUCGCUUCGGUACUGCAGGAAAUGACACAAAUAACAGCAAAGGAUGUUUCGCCGAGCUGAAAGGCCGAGAAAGUUAACGACAGAAGCUCUGUAAAAAGAGUGUUGGGGGUCACUGUGACAUCCACAAUUGUUCCUCAUCGCUAUAGUUCCUUGAGUACCUCCUGGGCCCACAGGAACAUGAACAGUAGUUAAACCACCUGCCACCACCACGGUAGCACCACUUUUACACUGGAGCACCUCCACCCAAAACAUCAUCAGCCAUAUCUUCCUACUCACCUCUGCCUUGGCAAAGCCCUGACCGGGUCUCCUGGUGGGCCUACCUCAGCACUGCGACAUGAACAGCUGUUGACAUUUACGCCCUCAGGAGGGAACAGUGAGAGCAGCUAUACGGGGAAUGUAGACUGUGGCCAGAGCUUGUCCUUCCAUGAGGUGCAUGACCAGCGUGAGGCAGAGAUGAGGGCUGCAGCCGAGGAGCUGUCCAACAGCAGCAACAGUGUUGGGAGUGGAGGAGGUGGCAGCAACAGCAGCAGCACUGUGCUGCAACGCCUCCUGCAGGAGCAGAUGAACCGAAAUUAUGUGCUACAACAGCAGCAACAGCAACAAGGAGGAACGGGAGUCAGUGGAGGAGUAGGGGGAGGGGGAGGUUACUCAGGACAGGGACAGGUAGGCCCCUCUGAAGACCACUCUGUGACCCCCCACAUCGCCCGCCAGGAACCCCAGGGACAGGAGCUGCAGACAGACAAUGGCUUGGAGAAGCUGGGCUCCACAAGAGCAGGAGGAGGGGGUGGGAGCAGUGGAGGUUUAGGGCCUGGAGGAGGAGGCAGCAAUGGAGGUGGUGGGAGCAGUCAAGGGCAGUGCCCAAACCCAGAGGACCUCCCUACCUAUGAAGAGGCCAAAGUGCAGUCACAAUACUUCCGUGGCCAUGGUCCUCCUCCUCAGCCUCAGCAGCAGAACAAUCAGCCCCAGCAGCCUCCUCUACCCGCCUCAGCCACCUUCUAUGUCACUGGGGUGACCAGUACCAAGGUGCGUACUGAGGGUCGCCCCACUGUACUGCGAGUGAGUGGCACAGGGAAGGUGCACCAGGAUGAUGGGCUGAAGGACUUGAAGCAGGGACACGUCCGGUCUCUUAGUGAACGACUUAUGCAGCUCUCUCUGGCCACCAGCGGUGUGAAGGCACAUGCUCCUGUCACCAGUGCCCCACUGUCCCCUCAACUGCCCCCCCCAGGGCCACCAGGUGACCACUACAAGCCACAGCAUCGCGGUCCACCUCCAGACUAUCCCUUCAAAGGAACAGGCUCACCUAGCAAGCAGCAGGAGCCUGGAGGCCAUUUAUACCAGGAGCAGAGAUCAAGGGAGCACUCGAGGGAAGUUCCCCAUGUUCGAUACCAGCCCCCACCUGAGUAUGGUUCUUUCAGGUCCAGUAAGGAUGGUUCAGUUCACUCCCAGAGGGCCCUUCACCAGCACAGCCCCACCUCUUCCGUCACUUCUGUAGGCUCCUUAUCCCGCACCCAGUCCUCCACCCUCAGCAGCAUGUUCAGUGCCUCCCACUCCUCCCAUCCUUCCUUCCCUCGCCAUCACCCCCAAAGCCAGGGAGAGCCCUUACAAAGCAUGGGACCCCGCAGUCCACAGGGUCCUGGCUCCCACUGUGCAGGAGAGACCUUCACCCUAGGGCCCAUUCAUGGGAGGGGUCACAUUUUCCCUCAUGACCCUUAUGGCUCCACCCCAAGGAUACACCAUCAACAGCAGCACCAUCAGCAGUUACAAGGACCACAACCCCCACAGCCCCAGCUGCCAGUGCAAAGCGGGCAUUUUCCCCACCCACAGUCCUACUCCAACCUGCAGGGGGAGCCCUUCGCUAUGAUGGCACGUGCCCACCAGAUGGUGGAUGUACUGACAGAGGAGAACAGAAUGCUGAGGCAAGAGAUGGAAGCGUGCCGUGAGAAGGUCACCAAGUUGCACAAGCUGGAAGCAGAGAUCCAGCUGGUGUCAGAGGCCUAUGAAAACCUUGCCAAGUCCUCCACCAAGAGGGAGGCGUUGGAGAAGACCAUGAGGAACAAGCUGGAGCUGGAGGUGCGCCGGCUGCAUGACUUCAACAGGGACCUCCGAGAGCGAAUGGAGACGGCCAAUAAGCAACUCACUGCUAAAGAGUGUGAGGGUUCAGAGGACAACCGCAGAACUAUAUCCCAGCUGCUUGCACAGAACAAAGAGACGCUGCGGGAGAAGGAGAAGUUAGAGAUAGAGCUGAAUGCACUGCGCUCCACCACUGAAGACCAGAGGAGACACAUUGAGAUCAGAGACCAUGCACUCAACAACGCCCAAGCCAAGGUGGUCAAACUUGAGGAGGAACUGAAGAAGAAACAGGUAUAUGUGGAGAAGGUGGAGAGGAUGCAGCAGGCUCUAGCUCAGCUCCAGGCGGCCUGUGAGAAGAGAGAACAACUCGAGCAUCGACUUCGUACAAGACUAGAGAGAGAGCUGGAGUCGCUACGCAUGCAGCAGCGUCAGGGAAGCUCUCAAAGCAGUGCUGCAGUCCCAUCUGAGUACAAUGCCACCGCACUAAUGGAACACCUAAGGGAGAAGGAGGAGCGGAUCCUGGCUCUGGAAGCUGACAUGACCAAGUGGGAGCAGAAGUAUCUGGAGGAGAGUGUGAUGAGGCAGUUUGCCCUGGAUGCGGCUGCCUCUGUUGCUACUCAGAGAGAUACAUGUGCAGGAAUAAUAAGUCACUCUCCCAGCAGCAGCUAUGACACAUCAGUGGAGGCUCGAAUCCAGAAGGAAGAGGAGGAGAUUCUCAUGGCCAAUCGACGCUGUCUGGACAUGGAAAGCAGGAUAAAGAAUCUCCAUGCCCAGAUCAUAGAAAAGGAUGCCAUGAUAAAGGUGCUCCACCAGCGUUCCAGGAAGGAGCCGAUUAAAUCAGACCUGCCAUCUGCCAUGAGGCCCUCCAAGUCCCUGAUGUCUAUCUCCAACACUGGCUCCAGUGGUUCAGGAUUGCUGUCUCACAGCCUGGGACUGAGUAGCUCACCCAUUACUGAAGAACGCAAGGACACAAGCUGGAAGGGCAGCCUGGGGCUUCUGCUGGGUCCCGAGUUUCGUACAGACUCUCUCAGGACAGAGUCAAUUUCAUCAUCCCCCUCUCCAGUGCUUCCUUCCACCCCAAUGACCACAGGCCACUCAAAGACAGGCAGCAGGGACAGCUGCACGCAGACUGAGAAGAGCCAGGAAACCAGCAAGCCCAGCACACCAGCCCUUCAGAGCAUGACGUUGCCCACUCGUCUGUCCAGUCCCAGCCCCAUCUACAUACCUGACCGCAUAACAGAUGUGGCAGUGUUUCACAGCGCCCUGGAGCGGAGGCUCCCAGUCCAGACCCUCCCACAGCAACACGCCCCUCCCGCCCAACAGGAAGUGGACAGUGACAUGGUGGAGAUCCUCAUCUAACCCCAUGACCUCUGGAAAAACAUCAACCAAAUGAGGUUGGCAGUUCCAUCAGAACACGUAUAGCAGUAGAUCUGAAGCAUCCAAACCUGCAGUUCAGUCUGUGUUAACAGACCCAUGCCACAUUUUUAUACUCUUAUGUGCAUUCAUUCAACAGUUUCAGCCUGACUGCAGUUUUUACACAGUUCCUUCAUUCCUUUAUUGAGUCACUGUUUAUCAUUGUCUUUGAAAAACCCAGAUAUCAGGAGCAAAAAGCAGAAGUGUG